AAUGGAAACAUUUAGGGAUGAAAUUGUAAUUUAUCCAAAGAAAAAUGAGCCAUUGCAAAACGAAUCGUUUUGCAGCACGUUGCUUCCGGCAGGCUGUCAUCAUCUUCUUCCCUAGCUGGCCAGAGAAAAACCAGCUCCGACGAAGGCCAUUUUUGAACGAUCUAGACUCUCCUGACAUUUGGCAACAACACUUGCAUCAUCGUUGACGCUGAUUCUGUUCAAGUGAGCUUGUUCACACCUCAAAACCAUGAAUAAAGAGAGAAAAGGAAGACCCAAGGACUACGGUAUACAAUUCCAAGCGCUUAGAAAACGAUCCCAAACAACGAAGACGAAUGAUCUCGAUUCCAAGCAGCGAAUAGAGGGAGAAAGGGAACACCCAAGGAACUCUUCAAUCGAGGAAGAGUAUCUACAUUGACAAUAACACAAGUGGGGGAAUUCUGGAUUAAGAGUUUCCCAAAUCUAAAACUCUGGUAUUACCUUAAUUUUCAUUGAUAAGGAGUAGUACUAGGAUCAUAAACUCUUGGUUUAUUACUGUUAACAAGGAAGAGAUGGGGAAUGUAUUUGUGAAGAAGCCAAAGAUCACAGAUGUGGAUCGGGCAAUUCUCUCUCUCAAGACUCAAAGGCGCAGGCUUGCACAGUAUCAACAAAAGCUUGAGGAGGUUAUCGAAGCAGAAAAGCAAGCUGCUAAAGAUUUGAUUCGUCAAAAGAGAAAGGAUAGGGCAUUGCUAGCAUUGAAGAAGAAGAAAACACAAGAAGAAUUAUUGAAGCAAGUAGACACCUGGCUAAUUAAUGUUGAGCAACAAUUGGCAGAUAUUGAACUGGCCAGCAAGCAGAAAGUAGUGUUUGAGAGUUUGAAGGCAGGUGCUGAUGCAGUCAAGGCAAUACAAAGUGAGAUCAACAUAGAUGAUGUCCAGAAGCUAAUGGAUGAUAGUGCUGAAGCUAAAGCUUAUCAAGAUGAAAUAAAUGCUAUCUUGGGGGAGAAAUUAUCAGCAGAAGAUGAAGAAGAGAUCUUAGCUGAAUUCGAGAACUUGGAAACUCAGAUCAUCAUUGAAGACAUGCGAAGAGUACCAUCUAAGGAACAUGAGGAAAAAUUGGAUCUUCCAGAUGUACCAACCAAACCACCAGUUGCUCUUGAGGCAGUUAAAGAUAAUACUGGCAUUGCUUCAGCUGAAGCUUCCGCAAAGAGAAAAGUUAUGGAGGAACCGAUGCCUGCAUGAUUGGGGAAUACAGUUAAAUCCUGCAAUCGCAUGAAGCUGCUGGCCAUCCUGAAUCAUUAUCUGCCUCCAGGUGGUGUUAUCUAUACAUAUGUUUUGCAAAUUCUUCAAUUUAGUGGAAUUUUGCAAUUGUGUGCAUGUUAAUUUAGAUUUCCUGUCACAAUUAUACUAACUAGAUCUGUACAUAUCAGUAAAAUUUAAACCAAGUUACCAUAGAGUAUAUCUUUUUAUCAUAAUUAAAUGAAUUAUUAUUAAGUCA